UUCUGCAAAUUUACGGCACCUCCAUUAAUCUCUUUUAUCCCCCAAAUCUCGACGACAUUUGUAAAUUCAUCUCAUUUUUCCAGAAAAUUAAAUUAAACCCUCUAAAUUUCCCAAUUAAUCAAUCAAUUUUCUAUAAAAAAACAAAAACCCCCCAUUAGAAAAAACAAAAUUACAACCCAUAAUUCAUUAUUUCUUCGCUAUAUUAUAUCUCCCUUCUUUUGCUGUUUCAGUAUUCACACACUCACUAGCAGCUUCCAUCCUCUCUCUCUCAAAUUGGAGAGAGAAAAUCAUAGCAUGAAUCCAAUUUUAUAGUAGUUCUUUUCCCCACCCAGAUCCAAUCUUAAGGAUUAGCAAGAAUUUGACUUGAAAAAAACUCAUAAGGGAUGGCGACGGGGAAGUAUACGAGGAUUGAUGCGAAGAAAUCAUCCUCGAGCUACUGCUCCACAGUGACUGUGGUAGUUUUUGUAGCUCUUUGCUUAGUUGGGGUUUGGAUGAUGACUAUGUCAUCGUCGGAUACACCAUCAGCAAACAUAGAUGUGCCUCAAGAAAAGCAAAAGACUGAGUUGAAACCGGAUACUGAGGUGAAACCGGAGACUGAGGUGAAACCGGAUGUAGUUAAGGACAAUAAUGAGAGCACCACUCAGCAGUUUGAGGAUAAUCCUGGUGAUUUGCCUGAGGAUGCAACUAAAGGAGACAGUAAUGAUAAGUCAUCUCAGGAAGAAGAGAAGGGAAAUAACGAAAGCUCUAAUGAGACGCAAUCGGAGGAAAAGCAAGAGGAGAAGAAGAAGGAGGGCGAAGAAAGCAAAUCGGAUGACACUAAUAAGAAUGAGGCAAAUGAAGAAGUGAAAGAAGAAAAGACGGAGUCCAAGAAAGAAGAUGGAUCUGAGGAUACAAAGACGGAAGGUUCUGGUGAAAAGAAAGAGUCAGAAGAAGGCUCUGGCGAAAGUAAACCGGAAUCUGAUGAGAGUGAUAAGAAGUCAGAGGAGAGUACUACUGAAACACAAGAGGAAAAGAAAGAAGAGAAGGUGGAGCAAAAUUUAGAAAAUGGAUCUGAUGAUAGUAGCAAGAAGGAAGGUGGUGAAGCAAAAGAGCAGGGUUCCCAAGAGGUCUUUCCUUCUGCGGCUCAAUCAGAGCUUCUUAACGAAUCUUCCACCCAAAACGGCUCUUUCUCGACUCAGGCUGCCGAGUCAAAGAAUGAAAAGGAAGCACAAAAAUCUUCAACCCAACAGGAAGAGUAUUCAUGGAAGCUCUGUAACACCACUGCUGGGCCAGAUUAUAUUCCCUGCCUUGAUAAUUGGGAUGCAAUCCAUCAUCUGAGGACUACUAAGCAUUAUGAACAUCGAGAAAGGCAUUGCCCUACUGAGCCUCCUACUUGCCUCGUUCCUCUGCCUGAAGGGUACAGGCUACGGGUCGAGUGGCCUAAAAGCAGAGAAAAGGUCUGGUAUGCUAAUGUUCCACACACGAAGUUGGUAAAAAUUAAGGGGCACCAGAAUUGGGUGAAAGUCAGCGGUGAGUACCUCACUUUCCCUGGUGGCGGAACCCAGUUUAAGCAUGGAGCUCUUCACUACAUUGAGUUCAUUGAACAGAUGUUACCCGAUAUUGCAUGGGGGAAACGUUCACGUGUUGUGCUGGAUGUUGGAUGUGGAGUUGCCAGUUUUGGAGGUUUCCUCUUUGAGAAAGAUGUAUUGACCAUGUCAUUGGCUCCAAAAGACGAACACGAAGCUCAAGUGCAGUUUGCUCUUGAACGAGGAAUUCCAGCCAUUUCUGCUGUGAUGGGAACACAAAGACUGCCCUUUCCUGGCAUUGCGUUUGACAUUGUCCAUUGUGCUAGAUGCAGGGUUCCAUGGCACGCAGAAGGUGGAAAGCUUUUGCUAGAACUAAAUCGGCUAUUGCGUCCCGGAGGUUACUUUGUAUGGUCUGCCACUCCAAUUUAUCAGAAGCUGGAUGAAGAUGUUGCUAUUUGGAACGCCAUGUCUGAACUGACCGAAAAAAUGUGCUGGAAACUCAUUAAGAAGGAGAAAGAUACAGUGAAUUUGGUUGGUAUAGCAAUAUAUCAGAAACCAUUUUCUAACGAGUGUUAUGAACAGAGGUCACAAAAUGAACCCCCACUGUGUGAGCAAUCUGAUGAUCGUAAUGCUGCAUGGAAUGUCCCCUUACAGUCAUGCAUGCACAAGGUACCAAAGGGUGAAACUGAACGUGGGGCUCAGUGGCCAGAGCAAUGGCCGGCAAGACUACAGAAACAACCAUACUGGUUAACUAGUUCCCAGGUUGGUGUUUAUGGUAAGGCAGCACCUGAGGAUUACUCUGCAGAUAAUGAACACUGGAAACGUGUGGUUAGUCAGUCAUACCUUAAUGGCAUGGGUAUCAGCUGGUCUAAUGUCAGAAAUGUGAUGGAUAUGAGAGCUGUUUACGGAGGAUUCGCUGCAGCUCUGAGAGACUUGCAAAUCUGGGUUAUGAAUGUGGUGGCGGUAGAUUCACCCGAUACACUUCCCAUCAUUUACGAACGUGGUCUCUUUGGGAUUUACCACGAUUGGUGCGAGUCAUUCAACACUUACCCUCGAUCUUAUGACCUCCUCCAUGCUGAUCAUCUCUUCUCCAAAAUCAAAAAGAAGUGCAACAUGCCAGCCUUGGUUGCAGAGGUUGACAGGAUCUUAAGACCUGACGGUAAGAUCAUCGUGCGUGAUAAUGUUGAGAUCAUAACUGAGUUGGAGGCGAUGUUCAAAUCCAUGCAUUGGGAGAUCCGAAUGACAUAUUCCAAGGACAAGGAAGGGUUGUUGUGUGCCCAGAAAACAAUGUGGCGGCCUGAUGAGGUGGAGACCCUCAAAUAUGCUCUCAUUUAAGCUCAAUCUUUCGAGCCACACAUUUAAUUAGGUAUUUUUUCAGUUCUUUAGUUCCUAAAUAGCAUUUUUUAGUAAAAACUGUAAUUUUUUUGUCCCUCCCACCCCGCGCCUCCCAAGAAAAGAAAGUUCAUGGCGUGUAGGUCUGACCCUUUGUGGGUUAAUUGUAACAUUAGUCUGUUGAUGAGGAUAUAUUUAAUUUUCUGCAACCAUAUAUAGCCACAAACUCUCGAGUAAAUGUCGAUAAUUUUGAUUCUUUCUCAUAUUUUUGUUAAGCAAUCUAAAGAAUUGUGAUACGUUUGUUUUUCA